UUUCUAUUGGCAAGCUUGAUAGUUCUGAUGUUGCUCAUCCUGCGCGUUUUCGUGCUAUAUGUAUAGAAGUUUUGUUUGAAAACUUAUUUAAAUAAAAGGACAUUUCGAGAGUAAUAUUUGAAGAGUGAUCCCUGUUAUUAUGCUAGACAUUCAUUUCUGAUAUAUUUUUUGCGCAUGAUCUGCGAUAUGGAGGACAUUGAACGUUUUAUAAAGGUUGUGCAGCAAAAAAGGCUCACUAAUCAACGCAAAUUGGAACGUCUUGACGUGGAGUCCGAUGAGCAUAGGAAGAUAAUGAAGGAAUUGCGAGACUUGAGACGAGAGGGGGAACAAUGCAAGGAAAAUAUCACAAAGCACCUCAAUACGAUUACAUCGCACAAGCAUUCCAUACACAAGAUUGUACACUCUACACAGGAUAUCUCAGGCUUGCCCGUGCCGCACGAUUAUGCACAAGACAUGACAACUAUGUUUACUGAUGCGAUCGAAUUCUUGAAUAAUGUAGGAGAUAUUCAUAAAGCACUGACUAAUGUCAAAGAGAAUAAUGUGGAUCCUUCAAAGUUGAUUCAAGCUGUGACAACAUGCACAGAAGAUGUAGGAAAUAAGUUGUAUCAAACAAAACGCAGUAUUGCCCAGUUGGAAACAUUGAAGGAAAAUAUAACAACACUCCAACAGUAUAUUUUGGAUAGUAGCACUAUUGAAGAGGAGAGUAUAAAUUUAACAACUAUCCAUGGAGAGUCAACAGAUAGCAUAUCAACUAUCACAUCAUAAACAUUUAUUGUCUGUUAUUUAGAAUAUAUAAAAUAUUAAAUUAAGUUUUCAUGCAAAAAGUAUAUAAUAUGUAUUUGUUGAAUGUUGUAUCAAAAUUUCAUGGCAGUCAUGUAUAUUGAAUGUUAUCCAAUUGAUCAUCUAGAUUCAACUUCAACAUAACUAAUUGGGGGUCAACGACUUCCUGAAAAAUAAUUGUAUGUAUAUAUUUUUGUAAAAUAUUCAUAAAAUAAUUCAAAAUAAACAACUACAAUUU